GAUGACGACGACGACACAUUAGAUGGAACAGCGAACUUCAAUGGAAGACUUCAGCUAGCAAAAUGUCAACCCGAUCGCAGCUUACAAAGGAUUUAAAUGAAUCGGUGAAAGCGCUACUUGGCAAGCAUGUAAAAAUACUAUUAAAGAAUGUGGUGAAAUUGGAAACAAAACAGGACAAACAGGAAAAUCGUGUUCUCGUGUUCUCGCCAUGUCGCCUCUUUCUCUUAUCGGCCAAAGUACCCACAAGAAUCGACUGCCAUUUUCAUUAUCUAGAAGUAACGGCUAUAGAAUCGAGAAGAGCGAAUCAGCUAUGUUUGACCGUCGGAGAACGGUAUUACAAUUUUACUACAAACAGCGUCGGCGGAGAUACCACAGAAGUAGACGCUAUGAUAGAGGCCUUACACACGGCAAUUCGAAAUAUCUUUCCUACAGUACCGUUAAAUUAUAUUAUACGAAAAAUAGAGGUAAUACCAGCUAGCAGACUGCAGAGUAUACGAGGAAGCGAGUUAGCUAGAAGCACAGAAGCCACGAGACACACAGGGCCCUGUGGUGGUUUCUCUACCCAAUAUGCGUGCAUGUGUGACUUGCAUGGUGUACCGUACAGGGAGGAAGUGGCCUGGGUGAGAUUGACGGCAUCAUUAGAAUUUGCUUUAACAAUGUUGAAUUAUCUGCUACAAAAAUCUUAUUUAGACAGAUAUGAAUUUCAGGAUGUCGACACAAUAUACCUUUCACAUGACACUAGAGAGCUGAAUUUGACAGACUUUGAUCAUUUAGAUCAGAAGGACUUGGUGCCAAUUAUCUCGGCCUUGGAGUAUAACACUUGGUUCACUAAAUUAAGGGCAUCUCACCUCAAGUUAAAUCACGAGCCUUUAGAAAGAUUGUUACAUGUUAUGCGAAGAUCUUUGUCCAUUCAAGAGCUUUAUUUAGAUAAUCUUGGGAUUAAGUGGGAUUUCGCUCACAAGCUGUCGUUAGCCUUGAUCUCUAAUGCUAACACGAUGUUGCAAACAAUAGAUUUGUCACACAACAUGAUCGAGGAUAAAGGAGCCUCUAGCUUGUGUGGGAUAAUAGCCAAGUUAAUGCAAGGUGGUACUCAUCUGAGCGGCCCUAUUGGCAAGUUGCCUAAAGGUUUACAAGAAUUAAAUUUGGCCCAUUGUGGAUUGACCGGGAAAGGUAUAAGUCAAAUAGCUCACGCAUUAAGCUUGAACAGAAGUAUGCCAACUAGUUUGCGAUAUCUGAAUCUUUCGGAGAACACCUUGAAGGACGAUGUCAAUAAUUUGUGCAAUUUCUUGGCACAACCUAAUAGUUUAACACACCUAGAUCUUAGCGGUACGGAUACUACUUUAGAAUAUUUGUUCGGUGCAUUACUACGGGGUUGUGCAACUAAUUUAAUCCACCUGAACGUUGCCCGGAAUUCCUUUUCAAGCAAGAAGACCAAAGAAAUACCUCCAAGUUUUAAACAAUUUUUUACGGCGACCCUUUCGCUGAAGUACUUAAAUAUAUCUUCGUGCAAACUACCGUUGGAGGCAUUAAAACAUCUGCUACUCGGUUUGGCAUGCAACGAAAGUACAGUUGGCCUAGAGCUUGACAUGAGCGGAAACAAUUUGGGUUCUAUGGGCGCGCACGUUCUAGAAUCAUGCAUUCACGGAGUUAGGUGUAUAGCGUCAUUGGAUAUAUCGGACAGCAACAUGGACGUCGAUUUGGCACAAGUUGUAACGGCAGUUGGCAAGAACAAAUCGAUAAAGCAGUUAUACAUGGGACGCAAUACCGCCAGUAUGAAGAGCAAGCACAUAGCCGUCGUGAUGGACGCUCUGGUGCAAAUGCUUCAGGAGGAUGAUUGUGUUCUUCAAGCAUUACAUCUACCAGAUUCUCGAUUAAAAGGCGAUCUCUAUAAUCUGAUUAAUGCUCUUGGUAGUAACACAUGUUUACACGUCUUGGAUAUUAGCGGUAAUCAGAUAGGUGAUCCUGGUGCAAGGUUGUUAGCAAAAGCAUUGCAAAUCAAUAAUCAUUUACGGACCAUUAUAUACGACAAAAAUAACAUUACGUUACAAGGCUAUGCGGAUAUUGUUCACGCUCUAGAGAAGAACUGUAGCGUACGACAUAUGCCGUUUCCCAUUUAUGAUCUCCAACCUUGUAUGAAAACUUCCGCAGAGAAAACAGAGCAGUUAGUCAAGAAGAUACAAGAUCUGUUGCAAAGAAAUGUUACGCCGUGCAAAUAUAGUCAUGGGCAAGCGUUCCGUUUGCAACAAGGAUUUCUGUUGAGUUCUACGCAACAAAUGGUUGAUAGACUCGUCGUUCAAACUCAAGACACUAUAAAGACCCUUGCGGCAGAGAGUUGUGACGCUAAUAAUGAUAUCAAUUAUGCGACUGGACUUAUACAAGAUGCGGAUAAUUCUAAACAACUACUGCCAAGAUUACAUGAAGUGCUUCAAAGACGCGACGAGAAUAAUCCAAUCGAGCAAAAGCUACAUGAUAUGGCAAACGAACUUCAUAAAGUUAUAACGACAUAUCUACAGGAUUCUUUGGAUGCAAUGAUAAAAUGCGCAAAUGAGCAAUGUCCUACUAUACUUUCACAAAUGGUGAUCAGGGGCGACGAGAGUGAGCCGAUCGCAGUACAAGAUGAUCUUCGUAAUACGUGUAAAGAGAAAAACCAAAUUAAUAACGAAUUCAUACAUACCACUGUUACCGAACAAGCUGGCGCAGAUAUAGUUAAUAGAAUUAAUGAGCUUAAUUUAGCAGUUGCGGCGCAUAUAUCCGACAGGAUCACGGACGAGGUAAUCGAAUCAUUAUCAAGAAGUUAUAAAACUUUGAUUGGCGAUUGUGAUAGCCGAACGAGAAGUAGCACACCAGAUGUUUUACGACCUAGCGCUGGCUCGAUGAGUAGCGGAAGUGUGAUAGGCGUGACAAGUGCGAGCGGUGUCUCCAUGACUUUACCUCCUGGUAGAGUUAAUCUCAUGUCCGAAGAGGACUGUCCGCCGGAAACAUGUUCGCUAGCAGAUUCUAUUGGUCAAUGCGUCAACGAUCAAUCACCAAUGGCAACACCACAUCUAUCGAAUAAGCGUAAAAGUCUGCAUGGAAGGAAAUUGAGGCCCAAAUCCGUAGUGGACUCAGUAGAAGGACUAUCCGCUGAUGACAUACCAGAUCUGUUGCCGUCAUUGCCGAAGAGUCAAGCGGAAGCUAUUUCGGAAACCGAGCACUCGUUGACAGAGUCAUUAGAUUCCGUCUCAGAAUUGCCUAACACUGUGAGUCAGCAAUUACAACAUCUAGUAAAGUCUAGACCGCGCAGAACGAAAACGCGAGCGCCCACGAGACCGAUGUUAAGACCAGAUCAACCGAUUGAUGGUCUUGCUCUGGGCGAAGGUCUCGACGUGUUCUUCCGACCUACUACACCUACCACGCCUUUGAUCUCGCCUACGAGUGACGACAGUUCUCUACAUACUUUUCCAACGGAUGGCAGUCCUAAUUUAUCGCUGACGAGUCACAAAAGCAUUCCACCAGACAUGGAGAAAAAGCAUAGUUGUAAUUCACCGAUGCUAAAAACACUUUUGGAACCCGCGCCGCGCUCACGUUCCAGCGACAACUUGGAAAAGUUUUCCCCCCUUGUUGGUAGAAGAUCACAAGGUGAUUCACCGCUUACUGCCUCACCGCUCGCCCGGAGAAAUACUACGGACAGCGCUCAAGCUUAUGAGAGAUCCAAAGGCGAGGUUUUUGUGAAAGAGAUCUGUAACAGCGCUGCUGCGAAUGACAUAAGCGACGAUUCUAAGCGCAGCACAUUAACAAACGUAUCUAAUAUAAGUCCGCGUGGCUCGCAUGAUAUCGAUGAUACCUUCGGAGCGAACACAGAAAGAGACCAAGAGAAUCGUAAAAGUGUCACGAAGAAAUCCGUAACUGAUGCUGAGAAAUCAUCUUCGUCUGUCAAGCUACGAUCAACCGGUCACGAUCUGAAAAGUCCAAUAAACAGUAAUAGCAGCGGCAUCAAGAGCAUAUCCGAUUCAGCCAAGUCCCCCGUAUUAAAACCAUUGAAGAAUGUCGGGUCUACAAGCGACGGAAAAAGCAACGGCUCACUUAUUAAAAAUAAGCCCACUCCACCAGCGACGGCACCUAAACCGCGACCAUGGAGCAUGACCACCGAUCGAAAAUCUGGAGAAUUCAGUCUGUUAAGCGAUGGUUCUAGUCCGAACACCUCGGCUGGCAAUACGCCCGAUUCUGGCGAUGCUCUCGAUGAAUCGACUGACAGCGGUGUCAGUGGACCGGCCUCCUUGCCGCCGACGUUAUCGACAAGCAGCACUGCAAGUUCGUUGAGUAAUUCAAGCGUAGAAAAGAGAUCGGUGAGGGAAUUGGCAGCGAGCUUGAACAAAAGCAAAACAGACAGGAAGGAAAAUGAGCAUGCCGCACCUGCAGCAUGGCGGUCACUACUUCAACGUUCUGUCGAUCGAGCAAAUACCAAGGCAACGGAAGUGCCGAAAAUGGUUGAGGAGAGCCGUUUCAGCUUUAAGCUUCGUCGCACGUCAUUCUUGCGUGAUUCAAAUUUCAACUACAAUAAUAAUGAUGUAGUGGAUGUCUGAUCACGCUUGAACGGAUGACCCAGCAUUGCACUACAAGGAGUAUUUUCUUUCGUAUGCUGAUGCCGGCUAUCUGACACACGAGAUAACAGUACUUUUUGUCUUCGUGCCAUAACAAGUCUUAUUAUGUAUAUAAAUAUGCAUAUACAUACAUCUUAACCGAUUUUAGCGUUAAAAACAAAAGCGAGAAUGUCUGGAACAAACGGGACACAUCACAAUUUCGGUGAAACAAGCCAAAUUUCCAUAUAGAAUAUUAAGAAUAUGGCAACUAUGAAAUAGGAUAAUAUGUAAAGGAAGCGUGAGUGUCUUCCAAGAUCACAAGUUACAGCAAUGACAUCACGUUCUUCAUUCGA